AUGUCGCGGCCGUCGUCCACCUCGACGUAUUCAGGAAAUGUAUUUCCCAAGCAAGCAGGCGUCACGCUCCUAUCGCCCGAAACGGUCGGAGACCAACUCUCGCCGUCGGCAUCACAGUUCUCCUUCGCCUCGUCGCCCCACUCAGUCCAAGAUGCAGACCAAGACGACUCGAGACAGAUGCGGUCUAUUACGCGCGGCACUACUGGCGACAAAAUCGGCCAGCUGCGACCGCUCAAUUCCCGCUCGCGCCAGCAGUUCUACGACGAUUCCUUUUCCUGCAAGGAGAGUGCACCGUCGUCUGCCCGCGACCGCGUGACAAAAGAUGCACCCAUUGUUGCUGAUUUACGCACCAACGUUAUCAUCAAAGACGAGUACACCCUGGUCACCGACCUUUCCCACCACCUGUCGACGCGCUACCAACGGCCCGAAUCAUCCAUCAUGAUAACUGUCAACCACUCAGCAUGUUUGCUGCUCGGCGGUUCGUUCGAGCCAACGUACAUCCUGACCAUCAAUGCUCUGCCCGUGCAGGUACAGCCCACGACCAACAAGCGCAAUGCCGCCCUGAUCCAGACCUUCAUGACAGAAUCUAUCGGCGUCUCACCUGACCGAGGUAUCAUCAAAUUCGUUGCCAUCGCAGAAGAGAAUAUGGCCAUGAACGGCAUGACCAUCCUAGGCGAGAUUGAGCGACUGGAGCGACAACAGGCAGAGGCAACUGGCAGUAACAUCAAGCGUGCCAUGACCAAAAGCUCGCGGAAGUCUGCCAUUUCCAAAGCAAAGAGUAGCAUCCAGCUCGCUCGAAACGAUUCCAAGGCUGACCCCAGGCAAAGAACAGGCGUCGCCGCUCCGAUUCCUAGUGAUGGAUCGCUCGACUCUGCAAUAGCCAUCAACGAGAAGGGCCUUGGCCACUCUGCGUCUGUGAAGCCAGUCGACACCAAGAUCAACAGCAAAACAUCCGAGCCUCUCCUUUCUAAGUUCAGCAUGAGAUCAAAUUCCAAUGCACAAGUGGCUCCACCGCCCAUUCCAGCUGACAAGCCCACUGUGCCGGCAAUUGGCAAGCGCAAGAGUUUUCUCAGCGUAUUUCGUCGAUGA